CAUCGAACAAGCUGUGCAUAUAUAUAUAAGACGUUUCACUUACAGAGGCGGCAUUGUUGAAGUUAUUGAUUUCUGCUACGAGUGUGCAAGAAGGCGCAUCUACAGCUAUUCGUAUUGAUUAUUGAUCUACUGUAGAACUUGAUAUCUUUUAUACGCUACCACAUUAAAGCAAUUGUUACGUGUUCAUCAUAAUCUGAUAUUUUGGUGAAGAAAUAUUAAUAACCCGAAGCAGCAAUGGCAUCAAAGGGUGUUUUUCUUGUUAACAGCCCAAAUAUUAAGUAUAAUAAUGAUUUCAUUGAAGCAGAUUAUGAUUACCAAACUACGAAAGUUGAGUCCAAUGGCGAUGUACUUAUGGCAACUCCAGUGACAACAAAGUUGCAUAUCCGAACUAAACGUCAAGUUCCUAAAUUGGGACUCAUGCUUGUUGGGUGGGGUGGAAAUAAUGGCUCCACUGUCACUGCAGCUCUUCUUGCAAAUAAGUUGCAACUCAGCUGGGAAACCAAAACAGGCACGAGGAAGGCUGACUGGUAUGGAUCCAUCACACAAGCCUCUACAGUUCGCUUAGGUACUGGAGUGAAUGGGCAAGAUGUUUACAUCCCCAUGUCCCAGUUCCUUCCAAUGGUGAAUCCUGAUGACAUUGUUGUGGAUGGCUGGGACAUAUCAUCAAUGAACCUGGCCGAUGCCAUGAAAAGAGCUCAAGUGCUUGAUAUAAAUCUUCAGCAACAGCUUCGUCCUUACAUGCAAAAUAUGAAGCCACGACCCUCCAUCUACUUCCCAGACUUCAUAGCUGCAAAUCAGGCAUCCCGUGCAGAUAAUGUUAUAUCUGGGACCAAAUGGGAACAGAUGGAACAAAUCAGAAAAGACAUUCGUGACUUCAAAGACUUCCACAAGUUGGAUCAGGUGAUCGUUCUGUGGACGGCCAACACAGAGAGAUUCUGUGAUGUUCUUUCAGGCCUCAACACUACAGCUGAGGAUCUCCUGGCAGCAAUCAAAGCAAAUGCCAAAGAAGUGUCACCGUCAACUUUGUUUGCAGUUUCCUGCAUCUUGGAAGGGACGACCUACAUCAAUGGAUCUCCACAGAAUACCUUUGUUCCUGGUUGCAUUGAAUUAGCACAGAAACACAAUGUUUUUAUUGCUGGUGAUGACUUCAAAUCAGGGCAGACCAAGCUGAAGUCAGUCUUGGUAGAUUUUCUUGUCAGUGCAGGAAUCAAACCUGUCUCCAUUGUCAGCUAUAACCACCUUGGAAACAAUGAUGGAAAGAAUCUCUCAGCUCCUCAGCAGUUCCGUUCUAAGGAGAUUUCAAAGAGCAAUGUGGUAGAUGACAUGGUGGAUUCAAACAGAAUUUUGUAUGGCCCUGAUGAGAAACCAGAUCAUUGUGUUGUUAUUAAAUAUGUCCCAUAUGUUGGUGACAGCAAGCGAGCCAUGGAUGAAUACACUUCAGAGAUUCUGCUUGGUGGCCACAACACAAUUGUAGUUCAUAAUACAUGUGAAGACUCACUGUUAGCCAGUCCCAUCAUUCUUGACCUGGUGAUCUUGGCAGAGUUGUGCAGCCGAAUUCAGUUCCGAAGAGCAGGGGAACCAGAUUCAGGAUACUGUGGUUUCCACUCUGUUUUAUCCAUUCUCAGCUACCUGUGUAAGGCCCCUUUGGUUCCCGAAGGAACACCAGUCGUGAAUGCUCUGGCUAAGCAGCGAUCGUGUAUAGAAAAUGUUCUCCGUGCCUGUCUGGGGCUACCUCCAGAAAGCAACAUGCUUCUGGAACACAAGCUGCAUCGUCCCAUAAUAUCCUUUGGAAAACUACCUGCCUUACAAAAUGGAACUGAGUUGCAUAAUGGAAUAUCGGUAACAAAUGGCAUGGCAGGAGAUGUGCCCAAACAACUGGUUGAUAAAAUUCUUCAGAAUGGGCCAAAGAAUUACAUACAAGGAUAAGAAGUAAAGAUUCUCAAAGAAUUGAUAAUAUAUAUUAUACAGUGAUCUCAUUCAUGACCAACCAGAUUCACCUGUUAACCUUUUAAUACAAUUUUCCAGUAUGGAAGUCAUUUCCUUUAACAUUUCAAUUCCACAAAGCACUUGCAUUUGAAUUUUGCUUAUAUAUCUGUUGUGUACAUUUUUCGUUCAUUCUUUAUGAAAAGCCAUGAAGGUUAAUUAUCUAAUGACCACAUGUACACAAUACACACUGAAUUUAUGAAUCCAUUAACAGUAUCAUGUUUAAGUAUUGUCCUUAUAUUUAUAAUUCCUGGUCGUUGUUUUUCCAAGAUUCAUGUUAAACUAGAACAGAUGGUAUUUCGUCUUGAUAUGAGUUUCCUUACUGCUGCAAUUUUCAUUUUAUAAAUUCUGUCAUUCACGAUUCUUUUACAUGAAGAUUGUGAGGGACAUCUGAUAAAACAAAAGUUUGUCUUAUGCCAACAUAAUGCAAUGAACAGCAGAACUGUUACAUUUACUGUAUGUUUGGAGAUUUCUUCAUGAGAUGGUCAUUUGAAUUUUCACCUUGACCCAGAACUGAAUUAUGUGAUAGGAACAGUAUUUUCCAUAUAUAUUUUACAAUUCGUACUGAAAGUAUUUGCAGUUGUGAAUAUAUUAACUUUCCUAUAAUACUGCUCAGAUUGUGUUGAUGUACACUAUGGUGUUACAUGUAGUUUAGUGUUUUCUUUGAUGUUCCAGUUUUCUUUUAGUGUAAGUUAAAUGACUUGUUACUUAUCCUGCGGUUUGUAUUACGUAAGUGGCAAAAAGAAGCAUAUUCUUAAAAUUUUCAACUAAUUAUGACCACCCUCAUCAAUAAUAUUUUUGUGUGUUGUUAUUUCAUGCAUUUCUAAACAUUUAGCAAAUUAUAAAAUGUCUAAUAAGGAAGAAUAACAACUCUUUGAGAUUUCUAUUUGUCUGUCAUAUCUGAAGAACUGUAAACCUGUCAAAAAAUGUAAUUAAUAAAGAUUCUUCAUUAGCUGAAUUAA